AUGAAGGUGGUGGAUAAGAUCAAAUCGGUGAUCAAGGAAGGCAAAACGGCCUUCUCCUUUGAGUUUUUCCCGCCGAAGACGGAGGAAGGCGUCGAGAAUCUCUUCGAACGGAUCGAUCGGCUGGUCUCUUAUGGACCAACCUUCUGCGACAUCACCUGGGGUGCCGGAGGUACCACCGCCGAUCUCACGCUCGAGAUCGCUUCUGAGAUGCAGAAUGUCAUCUGCGUCGAGACUAUGAUGCAUCUCACUUGUACCAACAUGCCUGUCGAGAAGAUCGAUCACGCGCUCGAGACUAUUAGAUCCAAUGGGAUUCAGAAUGUGCUUGCCCUUAGAGGAGAUCCGCCUCAUGGGCAGGAGAAAUUCGUCCAGGUCGAAGGAGGGUUUGAUUGUGCUUUGGAUCUGGUGAAUCACAUUCGAAGCAAGUAUGGAGAUUACUUUGGAAUCACUGUCGCUGGUUAUCCUGAGGCUCAUCCGGAUGUUAUUGAAGCUAAUGGCCUUGCGACUCCUGAAUCUUAUCAGAGUGAUCUUGCUUAUCUGAAGAAAAAGGUUGACGCUGGAGCAGAUUUGAUUGUGACUCAGCUUUUCUAUGAUACUGACAUAUUCCUCAAAUUUCUGAAUGACUGUCGACAAAUCGGGAUUAAUUGUCCCAUUGUUCCUGGAAUUAUGCCAAUUUCCAACUACAAGGGUUUAGCGUAUGGCUGGUUUCUGCAAAACCAAGAAAUGUGCAAAAAGAUUUUGGCUCAUGGAAUCACUACCCUUCAUCUUUACACGUUGAAUGUGGACAAAUCAGCUACUGCGAUAUUGAUGAACCUUGGUCUGAUUGAUGAGUCAAAAGUCUAUCGUUCUUUACCUUGGAGACGCCCUGCAAAUGUUUUCCGUACUAAGGAAGAUGUUCGCCCCAUUUUCUGGGCAAACCGUCCAAAGAGCUACAUAUCUAGAACAAAGGCCUGGAAUGACUUCCCACAGGAACGGUGGGGUGAUUCACGCAGUGCAUCGUAUGGUACACUUUCCGAUUAUCAGUUCAUGCGCAAACGAUCACGUGACAAGAAGCUUCAGCAAGAAUGGGUUGUCCCAUUGAAAAGCAUUCAAGAUGUUCAAGAGAAAUUCAAGGAGCUCUGCCUUGGAAGCUUAAAGAGCAGUCCAUGGUCUGAGUUAAAUGGACUCCAGCCAGAGACAAAGAUUAUAAACGAGCAACUCGGCAAAAUCAACUCCAGCGGCUUCUUGACCAUCAAUAGCCAACCAUCUGUCAACGCAGCCAAAUCUGAUUCCCCAGCUAUUGGAUGGGGUGGUCCUGGAGGUUACGUCUACCAGAAAGCUUAUCUAGAGUUCUUCUGCUCAAUGGAUAAUUACUUGGGGAGUGUUCCCAUCAAGGAGAUUCUUCAACCGACAAUCGUUGAUCCAGCCAGUUUCAAAGUCUGGAAAGACGAAGCAUUUGAGAUUUGGUCUAGAGGCUGGGCUAACUUGUACCCAGAAGAUGACUCUUCUAGAAAGUUGCUCGAGGAGGUGAAGAACAGCUACUAUUUGGUAAGCUUAGUGGACAACGAUUACAUCAAUGGUGAUAUCUUCUCUUCUCUGUCUUAG